UAGCGUACAGCUGAGAGGCCAUGAGAAUCGCAAAAGGCGUUUCUGAAGCCCUCCGCAGCCCCGUGAGGCGUGGGAUGCUGGAAUAUUUCACAGAGCACGUGUGGCAGGUGGGGUUUGCGCGUUCGCUCGGAGUCUACGAUGGCAUGCUCGUGACUUCGGUGGGUCAGCAAGGCAGCAUGCUAGAAGCGGUCUACACGAUCCCAGAGAACAUUUGCGUCACAGGGGGCACUCUCGGGGGCGGCGGAGGGUGUGUUCUGCCGUGUGGCGUUACGACUGCCCUAUUCGACGAGGUGAGCACCCUCGCCAUGAUGAUUGCGGAUAGGACGUGCCGCCCAGGCGUUAGCAUAUCUCUGAGCUGCCAUAUGUUCCACCCUGUGGCGCCGGGCGAGAGGGUUACCUUCAAGUCACGAGGGCUUAAAAUGGGUGCACGCCUUGGAUACGGGGAGGCUAGCAUGUACCGUGAAGACGGAAAGCUGGCGGCGAGGGGCCGACACGUGAAGCACCUCCCGAUGGGGCGCGCGUGGGACCUUUCUACGAUUCCUUUUGUCUUCCCGUACGCCCGCAAGUUGUCUGAGCGACAGCACGCACAAUGGCUAAGAGAUCCGGAACGAUCAAAGGGAAUUCCUACGGGAGAGCAUCUACUGGAUAUGUUCAAGCUGGAACAAUUCGAACGUGUUGGAGGAGGUGGAGACGAGGAGUACUUCGGCGGGGCAACAUCUAGCGGCCCCCAAGUUGAAGAGCAAGCGGGAGAAGUCGAGGGAGGUUUUCGUAGCGCCGAGGCGGAGUGCCUCGUGACGAGACGCAUGUGCAACUACAUGCCAGGGACGAUGCACGGCGGCGCGAUAGCCGUUGCGGCGGAAGAGAUCUCCCGACGAUGCCCGCCAGCACCAUUCCCGAUGGACGCCGUUCCGAUUCCUGGAAACCCUCGCGUCCAGUACAUGGAGGUGCACUACAUGUCACCGAUCAAGCGACGAGCUGGGCUGGCCGCUGUGUCGGCUGCUUCGGGGAUAGGCAAAAACGUCACAAGAGUAGGUCUGUCGGAGGCGGGCGGGACGGAGGGUGGCGUUCUAAGCGCGGAAGCGGUGCUGCUGUGGAGUCAACGGGGCGAGGGGCGGGGAGGUCGUUGACUGAAAGCCAGAAGGAUCAAAAAGUGUAGGGAGGUAGUCUGGCAUGCCCACCGAGUAGGGGGUACAUUUGAACAUGUUUCAUAUCUAGGUUACCAAAGGAAGAAUGACGAAACUGCGGCUUGUGAAACAUUGGUUAAACACGACACGGCGUCCGGAAAGUGUGUUCUUUUCGUCGGUCGCUGUGUUCGUUUGCGUUCGUUGCUCGGAGGACACACACCAGUUUCUGGGGUGAAACAUUGGAACCGUACGGCCUUUUUUUGCAGGGCGUUACUUGUAAGGACGAGCACAGCGCUCGCCCAAAUACGCUUCGGAUUCCGCUUUUCUCCGCCUACACUGGGAGGUAUGACAACCAGAAUGACGGAGAGAGGAGCAGACUCUCGCCGCGGCUUGAAGAUUGGUCGCAAUCGAGCUUACUAUUGCGUGUUGCCUAAACCAGGACGUCGGAAACCGAUCGUUGCCAUAGUAGAUUGGACCACCAGAAGUGGACCCUUAUUUACUACGC